AUGUCGUCUUCGGCUCAGGAUCAGGAUCAGGGGCAACAGCAACCACCACCUGAGCUUUGUACGUUCAAGGUUACCAGCGCACUUAACGGAGAGACAGCUGCUUAUCUUGAGGCCCCUGACGUGUCGUGGCUUGUCCCUCUCAAAGUUGGAGAUUUUGGCAUCAUUUACACUGGUGGAAACAACUCCUUGGACGACGGCGGAUUAAUCGACUACCCAAUCGUGCAGCUACUUCGAGAAACCGACAAAGGCAUCGAGACAGGAUACGGAACGGCUCUCCUUGAAGGCCACGCUGGACUGUGCCAAGUGCCCCGAGAGAACAUUCAACUUGGAGCUUUCCUCACAGGGCCUGACAGGGUGAGUUUGAUGCAAGACGUGUUAUACCCACCGCGACUACAAUUCACAAGCACGUUCAAGAAUUUCGACUGCUUCGUUCACUGCAUUCGCAACCUGGACUUCUCGGAUGCGAGAAAUACCUGGAUAAGAACAAAAGCCCCCCCAACUAUCGGAUCCCCCGCCAUCUGGAGCUUCCGAACACAACGCCACCUGAGGUAUGAGAUGACUCGAGGACAAAGCCGCAGAGACCCGCGUGUCCAGUUGUUCUAUACUCAGUGGAGUGAGGAUUCAAUAAUCAGUCUUUUUGAGGCAAAUGUUCCACGAAGAAGUGCUCCUCCUAAUUAUACAACCGCUGUCUACCUCAUCGUCGAGAUCACAGUUGACCCACACGUCGAGCAUCCUCACGCCUAUAUUCAGCACCCACAAGUAUGCCCUUUUGACUCUGGGGGCCAAGCAUUGCGCGUUGGGAUACGUAUCGAGUUCAUAGACGAAGGAGGGAAUUGGCAUACCAGCUACCUCAGCGCCUCUACUCGCCUUUAUCCUAUUUUGUCGCUGUACAAGUCGUUGAAAGUCGAAGAAUUGGGUAACGAACUCAAUCAUAUCGACCUUCGCUGGCUCCACUGCAUGAAAACACUUGCGACUCUGUUGAACUGGCGAUGGAAACCGGAGGACAACCUCACCCAAGCCGUUUGGGCUCCUUAUCGCAUCAGGCUCCUGAGCAUUGACUUCGACUUUCACAAUCAGCGCCUCGUUCUUGAUGAACCACAGCCGGUGGAAAUGCAAUGCCCUCGGCUUCUGGCCUAA